AUUCUCGUCCCGCAAAAUCAAGCGUGCUCUUAUCCCAGCUCUGUGUGCCGGAGCAUUCUUGACUGUUCCAUCGUGGCCACUUGCGCUGACUAAUAAUGCCAAAAUGGCGCGCAUCCUACCGCCGCCGUCGCCGCGGUCAGGCCGCCUUGGUCACUAACAAUUGUGUCGCGGCGAAGGAGAAGUAAGCCGCCUCUCCUCUGCCCCAGGCGAUGCUCACCGGCCGCUAUGCCAUCGUCGUCGUUGCCCUCACGCUGCUGCCGCUGCCGCCGCCGGCGGCGGCCGCGGCUACCCCGGACCCGGACCCUAUCUGCGACGGCUCCCCCUACGCGGCCAACGGCACGUUCCAGGCGAACCUGAACCUCCUCGAGGCAGAGCUCCCCGUCAACGCCUCCGCGUCACCGGCGGGCUUCGCCACCGGCUCCGUCGGCGCGGCGCCCGACCAGGCCAACGCGCUGGCGCUCUGCCGCGGCGACACGAACGCCUCCUCCUGCGCCGCCUGCGUCGCGGCGGCCUUCCGGGACGCUCAGCAGACCUGUGUCCGUGACAAGGGCGUCACCGUCUACCACGACGCCUGCGUCCUCCGCUUCGCCGGCAUACGGUUCCUCGACUUCCUCAACGCGGACCAGUGGCUCUUCUCAGAAUUGGUUCCUGACAUCGACAAUGGCCUGGGGAGCGUCAACGCAUCUGAUGCCUGGUUCAGCGCCGCCGUCACGGCGAUCUUCACCGCCCUGGUCGACCGCGCGGCAACAACGACCAACUCGACGAGGAAGUACUUCGCCACGGCGGAGAUGGACUUCGACCCCAAGAUCUACGGGCUCGCGCAGUGCGCGCCGGACCUGACGCCGGAUCAGUGCCAGGGCUGCCUCGGUCAGCUCUCGCGGGUAACGAUAUUACGGUACCUGAUCGGGCGGCCCCCGUCGAACAGCGCUUUCGUUGUGUGGUGCUUCCUGAGGUACAGCGUGUCGCCGGUCUACGAGGGCCGGGCGAUGCUGCAGCUUCCCGCGCCGCCCGCACCACCAUCGGCGGCCACGCUCACGCCUUCUACUCCAGAGUCCGGAGCAGGGAGGAAACGAAGUGCAGCCGGAAUCUCUGCAGGCAUCGCCUGUUCCGUUGUGUUACUGUUGAUUCUUUCAAUUUUUUCCUUCCUUCGCUUCCGGCGAAGGAUUAAGGCGACGGAGAACGACCACCCACUGAAGAAGAUUGGGAGAGCGCAGUGCACCAUCUUUGAUUUGGCGACGUUACAAGAGGCGACCGAGAACUUCUCAGAGAAGAAUAAGCUUGGAGAAGGUGGUUUUGGUACCGUAUACAAGGGGAUACUCUCUGAUGGGCAAGAGGUAGCGGUCAAGACUCUUUUAGGAAGAACCGGGCAUGCGUUGCAUCAGCUACACAAUGAGGUGCUGGUACUGGCAGAGCUUCAGCACAAGAACCUUGUUAGGUUACAGGGGUUCUGCUCGCAUCAGAAUGAUACGCUGCUCGUUUAUGAAUACAUCAAGAAUGGGAGCCUCGACAACUUUCUAUUCGAUGAUAGUAAGAGAAAUGCACUUAGCUGGGAGCAACAGUACAACAUUAUUCUAGGAAUUGCCAAAGGGAUAUUGUAUCUCCAUGAGGAUUCAAGUAUGAGGAUAAUCCACCGGGACCUCAAGGCGAACAACAUUCUUCUCGACGACAACAUGGAACCGAAAAUCGCGGACUUUGGGUUGGCAAGGCUGCUAGGAGAAGGCCACACCCGUACUCUCACAACCAGAGUUGUUGGGACAUUCGGCUACAUGGCGCCUGAGUACGUGGUGCACGGGAGCGUGUCGCCCAAGAUCGACAUCUUCAGCUUCGGCGUGCUGGUCCUUGAGAUCGUGACCAGGAGAAGCAACUGCAGCUCUGAUGACCACAGCACCGUGAAUCUCCUGAGUGAUGUCUGGGAUCACUGGACGAAAGGGACGAUAUCGCAAAUGCUGCAGCACUCGCUGGACGGAUACGGUCGAAGCCAGGCGCUACGAUGCAUCCACGUGGGUCUGCUCUGCGUCCAGCCCGACCUUGAUGACAGGCCUGACAUAUCAGCCGUCGUGUCCAUGCUAACCAGGGAUAGCAUAGAGCUCCAGCCGCCGGCGCAGCCUGCGUUCUUCUUCGGUAGAGAAUCACCUUCAGCUUCGCGGUCAGAUGGGCAUAGCAGCUACGUAUAUGAUCGGUCUGGUUUUAUAUUGGAGCAGGGCAACUCUGUGAAUGGGAUCACACUUACUGAGCCGUAUCCUAGAUAGGUCUUAUGUUUCUUUUUCUUUUUAAAGGAGGCAGGAGGUGUGCCCCAUAAAUUGAAUAAAGGGAAAAUUGGUUUCGUGCCAUUGAAAAAUACACGUUUUAGAAAUUUACUAUCUGCAAUGGUUUACUUUAAUACCAUCAAAAGUUCCCAUGUUUAGAUUUUUAA